GGAGGGGCAGAGAGGUGGGGGGGGGGGGAGAGGGAGAGAAUCCCAAGCAGGCUCCCCCCGUCAGCGACGAACCUGGCUCGAACGUGCAAACCUCGGGAUCAGGAGCUGAAGUCCAAGUUGGUCGCUCAACCGACUGAGCCACCCAGGCGCCCCCAGAUGGUUUUCGUUUUUUGCAGGGAAGGAGCGGAGGGUGAGAUCCAUGGAUGGUGGGGCCUCCCGUCCACUCACUCAGGAGCCCGGAGGAGCUGUUGCCUUUCAGUGUUAGGACUGUUGGGGGCUCCUCCCUCCCCUGGAAAAUUCCUCCUCGAUCUUGCACUUGAUUUUGGCGGCCGCAGACAGGUAUAGCCUGGCCCUGUGAUGUACGUUUAGGGGAUUUUCAUUUCCUAAGAGAAUCUUUCUUUGAAAGCAGGGAGAGUGAGAAGAGUCGGUGCUCGCCAGGGUGUAUCCGAGAUUCUGGCCAGCCCGGUUUCGAAACCUAGCUCCUAGCUGUGUGACCUUGAGCGAGUUACUUCACGUCUCGGGGCCUUGGAAUCUCCGCCUGCACCACAGGGCCGCUGAGCGCACGGAACUCACCCGGCGGCGGCGAAGAUAGAAGGAGGUUAGCAGACCACGUAAAUGCUGCGGUUGGGGCCCAAAUAAAGAAACCCAGGAGGACCCUGGCAGGGCUGAGUCCGGACGAGCCAGGCCGGGCUGGACUCAGCCGGCCUCCUCCCGAGGGGCCUCCCGGGCCAGCGUCCCAGCAGUCACGUGGGGUGGGAGGUGGGGCGCCGGGCACACCUGGCUCCCUAAACCCCGCCACCACCACCCCCCCCCCCCCCCACGGCUUGGGGAGGCCAGGUAGAGCCUGGGCGGGGUUUUCCGGACCCGGGUGCUGGAAGGUUCAGACUUCUGAGUGAAGGGUCGAUCUCCGACGAGGGAGCACCCCGAUCUGCUCGCCGAGCAGCCCCGUCGUCGGCCCCCGGAUUCCUGCGGCCGGAACCAGCCCCAGGCCACCAGCUCCCUCCCUCCCGUCACCAGUUUCCUGGAGCUUACCUAAGAAUCUCCGUGCGGGGCAGGGCCUGCUGUGCGAGAGUUUCCUGUUCGCCUCUCCCCGCCACCCCCCACCUCCACCUCCUGCGACCUCGGGGUCGCAGGACCCACCCACAGGACCCAGGGGUCCUCAGGGUCCCCGAGGCUGCUGCCGCCCGCACCUCCAGGCCCACCGUGGCCCCAGGGAUCCCUGGCUCCCGGGCCACCCCCCCCCCCUUCCAUUCCAGUCCUGGGAAUCAAGUCGAGGACUUCCAGGUGGUGGCCUCACAUUUGUGCCCCAAGCUCUUCCCCAAAGGUGGAGGCCCACGUUCCUUCUACAUACAUUUCCCGAGCACCUACUGUGUGUCCAGCCCUGUUUCCGAGGGCUGCGGGGGACAGAGAGGGAAUCAGAGCGACCCUGUCCCUUCCUUCCUUCAAGGAGCUGUGUCUGAGACCAAGAGACCGGGUCUGAAUGAUCCCGAGAGUGACUCACUUGGAGGCACAGAAUUGGGACAGAGCCAUGUUCAGCGUCCAGGCGCCCUUCUUCUUCUCCAUGGGCCACAUCCUCCUCUUCGUCUUCACGGCCUCUACCAUAUUUCACCUUCAGCAGCGGCUCGCGAAGAUUCGCCCCAGCUGGCAGUUCGAGACGCUGGUGUGGGCGCCCGCGGAAAACUCGACGACGCCCCGGCCCCGGGGCGGCAUGUUCACCAUCAACGCCCAAGGGCGCCUGGGGAACCAGAUGGGGGAGUACGCCACCCUGUACGCCCUGGCCAAGAUGAACGGGCGGCCCGCCUUCAUCCCGGCCGAGAUGCACAGCGCGCUGGCGCCCAUCUUCCGGAUCAGCCUCCCCGUCCUGCACCACACCGCGGCCGGCAGGAUCCCCUGGCGGAACUACCCCCUGAACGACUGGAUGGAGGACCGCUACCGCCACAUCCCGGGCGAGUACGUGCGCCUCACCGGCUACCCCUGCUCCUGGACCUUCUACCACCACGUGCGCGACGAGAUCCGGCGCGAGUUCACCCUGCACGACCACGUGCGCGAGGAGGCCCAGGCGUUUCUGCGGCGGCUGCGGGUGGGCGGGCGGCGGCCGGGCACCUUCGUGGGCGUCCACGUGCGCCGCGGCGACUACGUGCACGUCAUGCCCCGCGUGUGGAAGGGCGUGGUCGCCGACCGCGGGUACCUGGAGCGGGCCCUGGGCUGGUUCCGGGCCCGCCACCGCGCCCCGGUCUUCGUGGUCGCCAGCAACGGCAUGGCCUGGUGCCGCGAGAACAUCGACGCCUCCCGCGGCGACGUCGUGUUCGCCGGCGACGGCGUGGAGACCUCGCCGGCCAAGGACUUCGCGCUGCUCGCGCAGUGCAACCACACGGUCAUGACCAUCGGCACGUUCGGGAUCUGGGCCGCCUACCUGGCGGGCGGGGACACCAUCUACCUGGCCAAUUACACCCUCCCGGACUCCCCCUUCCUCAAACUCUUUAAGCCCGAGGCGGCCUUCCUGCCCGAGUGGAUUGGGAUCUCGGCAGACCUGUCCCCGCUGCUCCACCACUGAUGGUGGCCGGCCUUCGGCACCCCCCCUCCUUCGCUGGCUCCCCCGAGACCAGCUGCCCGAGGCCCCAGGGGCGUCUUGUUCCGUGGGCCAGGACCCUUCCCUCUCGCACCAGGACGCUCGAGAGGCCGCAAGAAACCCAAGUCGCCACCGACUCGAAAUAGCACGUUUCUGUGUCCCACACAAGAGCGGUGGCGGCACAUCUCUGGGGUUCGUCGAGGCAGCGGCUUGGCGAUGUCACCGGGAACCCCAGUUCCGUCCGUCUUGUUCAACUGCCAUCAACUCCUCUCAGACCGCUCCCCACCCCCACCCCCCACCCCCAUGGUCCCCAAACGGCUGCCACAUAACCGGCUGUCACAUGCGGGCAACCUCUUCACGAGGCAGCCAAAAAGAGGUCCGUUCUUCGGUCCCUUUUGAAGAGUGACGGACGCAUUCCAAAGCCCUCCUGCAACUGCCCCCCUUCCCCCAUAGCUCACUGGCCGGAAGUGUAUCACAUGCCCGCCUGACCCCAACACAAGGCCAGGCGAAUAAGACCCUGGGAUUGGCUUAGCUGCAAAUCAAUAAAUCUUUGCCCCCUUCAGCCGGGGUUUUGAUCAGCCUCCUCUGAAGCAUGUGGCGGCGGACAGGAGGAAAAGCGGGGCGCUCUUACCGAGGAGGAAGGACGCAAUGUACGUACGGAAAACAGGGAAGCCUUGAACUCGGUUGUCUGCUCGCUCCACAAAGCCGUCUGGCCAAGGAGGCAAGCGCGGCUCAAAUAGAGCGGACAACCACCUCUCCAAGGCCUGUGUCCUUGGCCUGGCUCGUUUUUUUCUAGUUUGCCCGGGACGGGGUGGGGGUGGGGGUGGGGGGACCUUUCCCCCGGUUUCCGAAAGAGCGCCGCCCUGUUGGCCAGUCGCUGGCGUGCGUCCCAACACCCCCGGGGCCCCACUUCUGCAACCCUGGCUUCCCAGGGCCUGGGACGAUUACUGUUGAGAACUCCGAGCGCAGCAUGGCUCAGUGAACUUGAAGCGGGUCCAUCUGUUCCCUCCGUAAACACUCGUGGCGGUGGAACCUCGCUCGGAUCCCCGCUAGCGAAGGCGGGGUUGACAGAACCUAGCGGCCGGCGUCCGGAUCGCCUGCGUGUGUGGCCGGUCCCCCAGGACAGCUUGGACUUCCGCCUGGAACAUUCCCUCAUCCGGCCGCCAUCUGGGUGUCGGAAGCCACCAUGCUGUGAGGGGGCCCAGGGUGGCUCCGAGGCCACGCGUAGGUGCUAACAAUGAGCGGUCUUAGCUGAGGUCAACUUCAAGUCCUUUGGCGUAGGCAUCCCCCAGGAUUCCACCUGUGACCAAAGAGGUAAUGGGGGAAAUAGAGAGGUCUAUACUCCAAGGGCUCAACAGAGACUCCUCGGGCCUGGAGUUCACAGGUUCACAGCCCGGAAAGAGACAAUCCGAUGCCUCAGAGUGAUGUUUGAGCCCAGCACUCACCGUGGGCCAAUUGCAAAGAGGUCACACAAUACAGACAAGGCCACCGCAUUUGUAAGGGAGUGGGUCUGAAAAGGAAGUGAUAAAGGAAUAUAAGGACUGGGAGGCACCUGGGUGGCUCAGUCAGUUGAGCAUCUGACUCUUGAUUU